AUGGUUCCUUGGCAGAAAAGUUAUCUUCCAAUGUGCUUGAUUAAUGUGCUUGAUUGGAAGCAAAAGUUUGAAAUUGCUGUGGGGACAGCAAAAGGUCUGGCUUAUUUACAUGAAGAAUGCUUGGAAUGGGUUUUGCACUGUGAUGUAAAGCCUCAGAACAUACUUCUAGACUCUAAUUAUAAUCCAAAGGUUGCAGAUUUUGGACUUUCCAAGGUACUAAACAGAGGUGAGCAGAGCAAUUUGAGCUUUUCAAGGAUCAGGGGAACCAGAGGUUACAUGGCGCCGGAGUGGGUUCAGAAUAUGCGCAUCACUUCCAAAGUGGAUGUUUACAGCUAUGGGAUUGUGGUGUUGGAGAUGCUGACUGGAAAGAGCCCAGCAGAAAGUGUUCAAGCAAUAGGAGGUGGAGAGGAGACACAUGAAAAGAUGAUGGUUACAUGGGUGAGGGAGAAGAUGAAUGGAGCAUUUGCAAAUGCAGAGAGCCAAAAGGGAGAUGAUUAUGAACAGAAUAGACUUGAAAUUCUUGUGAAAGUGGCUCUUCAAUGCUUAGAGGAAGACAAAGAUGCAAGACCCACCAUGAGUCAAGUUGUUGAGAUGCUUCUACAUCAUGAAAACAAUUGA